UACCAAACCUACUUCUGUAAGAUUGUCUAUCUAAAUAUCUUAGAAUUUAUCUGGUAUUUUAUCUUGUACUAAGAAUGAAAUUACUGCAAAUGUAACUAUUUUUACUACCGAAGUUGGUUUUGUGCGUGGGAAAUCGGGUAGAAAAAAAAAUGAGGGGAGGUAAGAUUGGUUAAGUUAAGUCUGAUUAAAAUUCCCGCGCACGUCUCGUAGGACUGUUUUUGUUAUGAAUUUACGGCGCAUGUAAACAGUUGUGUUGCGACUGCAGUGCUAUCUAUGGUUUAGGAAAAUAGUAGUGAAGAAUUAAUCAAUAAGCUGCAUGAGUAUUAAAAUGUAAAAUAAAUACUUUCCCAUUUUUUUUAAAAAUAUAUUUAAAGUUUUUAUUGAGUUCAUUUGUAUAUUUGUAUCAAAUUCCAAUACUGGUUCCCUGACCAUUACAUAGAUGUCAGCACUGUGUACGUUUUCACUUGAAGAAAGUAGUUCAUUAAAAUUCAAAUUUCAACUUUUAAGACAGAAGACAAUUUUGAGUUUUAGGUGUAUGAGGUUUAAUAUUUCAGUCUAUUAUUAAUUUUUCACUUAAAAUUUCUAUUUUGAAGCUUGUAUGUGAGCGUUGUUGUAACAUUUCAAGGCUCUGGGAUUUUACGCGGUUUCGUGUGUCAGUGUAGCCAUCUUGGAUGUGUGCGGACUGCCCUAGGUAACUUGUAGGUGUUUUAAAAUUUCGUAAUUUGUAGUAAAAACUGUGUGCAACGACCGCAGAGAAGAAAUUUAUCAUACCGGUGAUGGCGGCGCGCAGCGGGUGAGCCAUGUGGCUGCGCAGCGAGCGCAAGGAGCGGCGGUGUCGCCGGCUGGGCAGCCGCGUGGUCACCGUGUCGCUCGGCCCCAUGAAGAAGGCCCUGGGCGCGCCGGGCCGCCUCAGUCGCAGCGGCCGCGUCAGUCGCUGGCGGCGGCGCAGCGCCGGCCUGCUCAAGGAGACGUGCCGCGAGAACGUGCUGCCGUACGGCGCCGGCGGCUGCCGGCUGAAGAAGAUCGGCAAGCCGCACCAGGAGACCAAGGGCAGCUUCGAGGACGAGCCCAUCAUCACGUCGACGCCGCUGCACCAUGUGCCCAAGGAGGCGCUGGCGGCUGUGACGAAGCUCAGCGAGGAGACGAAGGAGAACUGGCAGUCGGCGGUGCUGCCCGGGGUGUCGGAGCUGUCCCUGUUCAGCCCCGUGUACCCCGACCUGGCCGAGGAGCUGGCCCCGCCCGACCUCGCCUGCCUGCUGGAGGAGGAGGCCGCCCGGGCCGGCCAAGAGGCGCAGGGCGGCUACUACGAGGACGCGGCCUGCGCCGGGACGGGCGAGGAGGUGGUGGAGGCGGAGGACGGCUGGGAGCCCUUCGACCCGUACCUGUUCAUCAAGCACCUGCCGCCGCUCAGCGUGGAGAUGCGUGCGCGCUGCCCCGCGCUGCCCCUCAAGACCCGCAGCAGCCCCGAGUUCUCCCUCGUGCUGGACCUGGACGAGACUCUGGUGCACUGCAGCCUGCAGGAGCUGGAGGACGCGUCGUUCAGCUUCCCCGUGCUGUUCCAAGACUGCAGCUACACGGUGUUCGUGCGCACGCGCCCCUUCUUCCGGGAGUUCCUGGAGAGGGUGUCGCACCUGUUCGAGGUGGUCCUGUUCACGGCCUCCAAGCGGGUGUACGCGGACAAGCUGCUCAACCUGCUGGACCCCUCUCGCCGCUGGAUCAAGUACCGCCUUUUCCGGGAGCACUGCGUAUGUGUCAACGGGAACUACAUAAAGGACCUGUCGAUUCUCGGACGAGAUCUCUCCAAGACAAUCAUCAUCGACAAUUCCCCGCAAGCGUUUGGCUAUCAGUUGGAGAAUGGCAUCCCAAUUGAAAGCUGGUUCGUCGACCAAUCAGACACGGAGCUGAUAAAGCUGCUGCCUUUUCUGGAGGACUUGGUGCAGAUGAGAGAAGACGUGCGACCACACAUCCGGGACAAGUUCAAGCUGUUCAGCUACCUUCCCCCUGAUUAGACACGGCCCGAUUGCGUCACAGGAACGGACUGCUUUUUAUACGUCUGCGAGGAAAGAACACGCAAACACACGCGCACGCGCUGCAUUUCAUACAUCGGCUCUCUCUCUCUCUUCCCGACGCGGGCGAUCGGUACCUGGCGUCUCCCCUGGCCUCUCAACGCCGGACUUCGAGGUCAGGCGUGUGGACAAGUUUGUUUUCGGUUUUUCCCCGAAGAGCGAAGACUUGUUUUAUUGAGUGGCUGAGAUGUUUGCAGCGUGUUUUUAAUUAGCGAAGAUAGAAACUGACCUACAUUGCAGAAGAUUCCCGACUCGCAACAUGUCGAAACUUUUUUUUUUUGUCUGCUGUAAACGUGUGGAGUUCCCCCCACCCCCACCCCCCCACACCUGUCUCUGUACUAUUUCUGUUCGCUUUGCGCCGAGACCGUGUUUGCGGUGUCAGCGUUGGCGCAAGUCGUCCAACCAACCAAUUUGUACAUAGCUUGUAUUCACACCUGCAUGUUUAUUGUUUAAGAAACAGGAUCAUUUUGAAUCCUUGUGCCUUCUGGGUUCCAGUCAAGGACUUGCUCGCCAACGGCUCGGUCACAUUCAGAAAUUAUGGAAUACACACUUAGCUCACUGUUUAGGUUGUGAAGUAUUGUAGUUAUAUAGAAUGUUGAGUCCAUUCUUCAAUACGAAAAAUGAUUGAUGGCACGGACAUAGUAGUAUAGUAAAAAACAAUGCAAUAAUAAUAAUAAUAAUUGUUUUUAGUAAAAUUAUGAUCCUGUUGGGAUAUUCUAAACACUAUGCAAAAGCAGCUUUGUGCAUCAUUUCCAUUACAUGACCAUAAUAGUUCUGUUGGUAAAUCACUAUCCCACGUUUUUAUCAAUAAUAUAUCUUAAGUGCAUGGUCAACUAGUUGACUUUGGCCGUUUUGACCAUGCAGUACCAGAUGAUACAUAUUGAUGUGGUGUAUGGUUUAUGCCAAGUUUAUCUUAGUGUUUGUCUACAUUUCGGAGGAAGUUGCAGGUGUAUACAGUAAUUUCUGCUGGAAUGUUUGCAACUGCUAAAUGACAAUGCACUUACUCACGGUUGGAACCCAGAAGACAAAUGGAUCUAGAAAGUGUCUUCAGAAGCCAGCAAACUUUGAUGUUAACAUUUCAGAAUGGUAACUAGGCCAUAUUAAUUUGACUGUAAUAUUGUGCUAAUUGGUUGAAGGUUCUGACAAAGAAUUACUUAUUGGCACAGCUGUUCGAAGCAAAAAUUGCCCAUCUGAUGUAUUAUUCUUCAAACCCCAAGAUAAAUGCACAGCCUAACUUGCAGUGAUUUGAGAGAAAACUUUCAAGCCAUUUUAACAAACUAGUAUUUGCGAGGUCAACCUUUUUCUUAAAAAUUUUUUAUUAAUAGUAUGGUAUUUUUUUUAUAAUUUUUUACACAUUUAUAAAUUAAAAAUUGAAACUAAGGCUGCUAACAAAAUGUUAUGUGUUAUGAUGAAAGAAGAAGGGGUGUAUUUCUUUUCUAGCUCUGCUUUCAUGAUAUUAAUUAAAAUUAAGGGAUGAUAAUAAUAAAAUAAUCCUUACUCUAUCUGUAAUAGUUGCCAUUCUGUGAUUGACAUCUAGAAAACGUUUACUUAUAUGUGAGAAGUUGAAAAUAUUUUAAUGGAAGUCAUUUUGAACUUCAAAGUUUGCAAAAGUUAUAGUACAAGUAUAAAUAAUGUUUUCUAAAAUGUAAAGCUAUAAGAAAAAAUUAUUGGAGUAGAAUCUUUUGUAAAUACGUAAUGUUAAAUAAGAUUUACACGGUUAACUUAAAGAGAGCAACAUAUUUUCACCUAGAGCAAAGUAUAAUAAUAAGUAUGCACAUAGUAAGUUUGUAAAAAAAAGUAAGAUAAGUAAAUAAGGAACUUGUUAUGAGUCGUGCGACUUGUUAGACUUUGUCAUUCAUGGCACAGCACAAUCGUGUAAAACUUUGCAAUACGAUGUUCUUGUAUUUAAUAUUUCAUCUCCUGCACGCAGAUCACUACUGCAGUGAUGACAACGUGGGCGUAGGUAUCAGCGUGAGAGUUAACAGUGUUUCCACAAAAACUGUGCAUCUUGUUUUGUGUCCUCUCUUUAUUUUGUUUGACUAGCAGUUUAAGAUCAACAGUGUCACAGGAAGCAACUUCCACAAGUUCAUUAAAUCGUUAAUUUAGAAGCUUACAUCGGCGCGGUGUUGCAGACACGACUUUUCACCGGAAGCACCAAGGUUGUCAGGACUGGGCGCUCCUUGCCAUGCCAUUUUAAUUCACUAUGGUUCGAGGAACUUCAAUAUAGUGCUUUAACAUCAUUGCUGGUAUUCUGAAUACCCUUGUAAGUUGUAACCAAUCACAAAUUAAAAUUGAGAACCUUAUUCGUAGUAGAGAUUUUACUAAGUCUUUUCAAGCAUUUAAGUAUUUCCUGGGUUUUUUUUUCUGCACCACUCGGACAAUUAUGUUCUUUAUGUGGAAGAGGUAAAAAUCAAAGCUGCCUUCCAUUUUUUAAAUAUAAAAAAUUUAUGCAAUUAUAAUUAUUGUAUUGUGGUUACCUGCAGCCAGUUUUUUUUAUUUUUUUUUUUUUUUUUGCCUUGACAAAGGUAAUUUUCCAGUAAAAACUAUAAAAAUAAUUGUUGCCUAUGACUUUUAAAGUUGAACAAACAGGUUGAAAUGAGCAUGGAAAGGAAAAUGGCUCUUAUCAUUGGUUAUAUAACCGCCUUUACUUCCGUGGCGUGGUUCAAAGUUAUUUACCAUAGCACAUGUCACUCAAAUGAGGUUCCAUAGGAAUCUUUGAAUCACAGUAAGAAAAUAAUGCAACAUGUAGAUAGCUCUCACAAUACUGGUGUUACAGAAAUCCUUUUAGAAAAAAUAGCACUUGUUUGUGCUGGUAAUUAUUUUUAUUGUUGAGUAGGUUUAAAACCCGCUGAAUAAUUAUUUAUAAAAAAGUGUAAUGAGAGGAAGUUGCUGCCUGAUCAUCAUCUAGUUUCGUAGGUUGUGCAUAUACUGUAGUGUUCUGUCAUCACUUUGUAGCGACGACUGUCGGGGUGGUGCCAUUGCGCACGGUGUUUCACAGCCGUCACUCGAGUCAAGUUACUGACCGUGCCCGAAGCAUUAAUUUCGUAUUGCUGCCAUUGCGUUGAGGUGUUUAUUUUUCUGGUUUCUCAAGUUAAUUAAUUCCUUUAAUUUUUCACUGGGAAAAUUGAUCUAAGAAUUAAUAUAUUGUGAUAAGGCCACAUCGUAGCUUUUUCAAGUGUUUUUAUAUUAAAUCCAAUUUAUCCUAAUAUUAUUGGCAUGGCAAGGCAAGAAUAAUAUCUUACCAAGCUUCUACCUUGUACAAUGUGAUAUGUAGGUAUUAACAGGCUCCAUACAGCACGCUACAUCGACAUUUUGAACUUAGUCAAAUCUCUGUGCAAGAGUUUAUCUAAGUGUGUUUGUUCUGAGGCUGUGAAGCUCCGUGCAGAUGAUUGGCUGCUGAUGAUUGCAUAAUGUCUUUCAUCGCCUGGCACCGCGCCAGCCGUCAAUUCCCCAAGAACAACUUGUAGUGAGUGUGUCGUAGCCGUUAACUUUUAUACCGUACGCUGAGUACUUUUUAAGUUUCCCGAAUGUCAGGUGUUGUCCGUGCAAGUACUUCUGUCUAGUGUCGGCAUUGCGUUACAAAUGUGUAGUUUUGUGCACCUUGCACUUAUCCAGCGAGAUUUUGCUGUGUCCAGUGCUUGGAAUAACAUUCGUGUCCUUGUGUUCCGAGGAGGUUGGCUCCGAGCGUUACUACUUAUGAUGAUGCUGACGAAACAUAAGCGCAAACUGUGUUCCAUCACCAGCACGUUCGGUCAUUGUUCUCGGUAAUUGUGGACUGUAUUUUGUAUUAUUAUUAUUCGUUUUUAAGAUUUUUAUUAUUUUUGUUGUAUUGUACAUUUUUUGUGUCCAAGGCCCUUUUCCAAAUUUGAUACCUGAUGAGCCAAUAUAGUUCUGACAUUCUCAGUGUUGCAUACCAACGAAUUAAGUUUUGUGUUGUAACUGUGCUUGCAAAAUGUGUAACUGGAAAUGUCAAAACUUUGGUACCUAUUGGGGUUGUAAAUUUGGAAUCCAAUGCAAGUAUUUAGGAAAAUUGCUGUCAGAUCAAGCUGACAGCUCCUCUGGUGCUCGCGUGGAUCUGAUGUUUCACCCAUAAAUCGCGAGCUUGUGUCCGGGACUACAUGUUUGAAUAUUGUUAACUCGAGGCUGGAUCCUCAGGAAAUUACUAUUUUUCACUUCUCAGAAUUUUGCAGUCCCGUUCUUUGCGAUCUGAAUUCACGCAGCUUGUUCCUCGUGCAUGUUUCGCCAUGCGCCUUUUCCGGGAAUGCCAGCUUUUCAAAUUCGUACCCUCUCUUGCCAGUUGGAGCCCAAAGAUAAUGUGGACAAUGGCUGAAUGGAACAGUCCAACCGAAUCAAUCAAAGAUCAGUUUCUGUAUCUCAUAAGUUUUUUUAAUGUAUUUUUGUUAUACUGUUUGUAUUAAGUUACCUGUAAGUAUUGAAGCAUUUUUUUAUACCAAAAAUGCUGACAUUUUGUGUCUGUCGAAGGUUACAGCUUUUAUGAAUUUAAAUUGAACUGUAAGGCAUUUAGUUUUUUAGUGAAUGGUAUUAACAGUGCUUAUUUAGUGCUAUUUAUGUUUCAUUUUUUUUUUAAUGGUAUGAUAAUCAAAGUUUCACUUCCUUGCUUAAUGUUUAUUAAGUUGCACUUUUGUAAGGUAACACUUCAAUCAUUUAUUUACAUUUUUUCAGUGUUAUUAUUUUUUUUAUGAAUACAUGUAUUUUUAUGUAAAUAUAUUGACUAUAGUUCUUCAGCACAAAAUGUGAGAACCUGUAAUGACUUCUAUCAUCUGUAAAAUAAACAUGUUAUCAAAGAUAAAA